CUUAACGUUUGUUUCUUUAUAUCAUAUUACUUGGCACCUUUUUCAUCCCCAAGUUAUAGUAACACCUGAGUCCAGCCGUCUAAAUCUUCCUCUCCUUUGAUGAAACUGAAUCUCCGUUUUGCUACUUUAUUGAGGUUAUCUUUUAACUAGACUAUGCCUUAUCUGUCUUUCCAUUCUAGAUCAAAUAAAUUGACAAUCUUGGUUUGUUGUGUUUACUUUGCUAGUUCUUCUACCCUCUGAAACCUGAAAGUUACAAUGGAUCCAAGUGGGAUACCAGAGGAAUCCCAACAUGAGUUUAUAGUGAAAGAGGAAUUUGUAAUUGAGGACGUACCUUUUAUUGACUGUCAACCCAUAUCGGAAAACCCCAAGGAUAGUUUCGUACAUAAAACAAAAACUAAAUGCGGGGAAAUCAUGCUAAAUUACCCCAGUGAAUUCAUCCUAGUGUGUGCAUUGUGUAGGAGGAGUAGCUUCACUGAUUUUCAUACUUUUGGUACGCAUAUACAGAAAGUCCAUUUGAAUCUUCCGGGAGAUAUCGGGAAUAUCGUCCCUAAAGAAGAGCCUGAUGAAGAAUCACAAUCAUUGGAAACUGAUAAUAUCAGUGACUCGACCCUACAGGACACAGCAAAUGUUUAUGGUGACGAAGAAGAUUAUCCAGCGAGGGUUGAUUGCGAGACAGAUAUGAAAAAGGAGAUGAAUCUCGAGGAAGGACUAAAAAUUGUAGAUCCAAGAAGUAUUUCACACUGGAACCAACCCCAAGUAGGCGAAGCUGAUAUAGAUACCAUUGCAAAAGGACCAUUACAAAAUAAAUUUGGCUGCACAGUAUGUGGUCGAAUAUACAAAAGCAAAGCGACCUUCAGACGGCAUCUUAACAGAGAACAUCCAGACAUGAUACAGGACAAAAGGGAACGGAAGCGUAACAAGAAAUCUUCAUUAGAAAUAUCCCUCAAGACACCGAACAAAAUGACUUGUGUAUAUUGCAAUGAGCAGUUUAGUGACUUAGAUCAAUUUCGCGAGCAUAUGACUACCCAUACCGUAGAUUGUCGCUACAUUUGUCCUUAUUGUCCAAAAACAUUCAGUACGAUACUCACGCGGAAAAUGCACAUUUACACACAUGAGGGUGUACGACCGUUCAAGUGUCCUCACUGUCCCAAGGCUUUCGCAAAUCCAACAAAUCUUAAAACCCACCUUGCACGAAUCCAUUUGAAAAUAUACAAGUUUAAAUGCAACUUCUGUGAUAAACCUUUCGUUAAAAACAGCGAUAAACGGGUCCACGAACGUACCCAUACCAAAGAACGACCCUCCCAAUGUCAAGAAUGUGGUAAACGGUUUGUUUCACAAGGAGGACUUACCGAGCAUAUUCGUAGUCAUAAGAAUAUCAAAAACUACAAAUGUGACCAAUGCGACAAAGCAUUUCUCAGUCUGAAAUUGCUUAAAAGUCAUGUCGUUGUUCAUACGACGGAACGUCCUUUUGGCUGUAAUAUCUGCGCCCAAACAUUCACCCGGAAAGGAUCGUUGAGACGGCAUAAACUCAUCCAUUCAAAAAUUGAAAAAUACACAUGCAAGGUGUGCGGAAAGAAUUUCGUGAAAUUUGAGAAACUUUAUUCGCAUAUGAAGUCACACGAUGAGGAAGCUAAUCCAGUAAACCUGGUCAUCGUCAACUACGAAGAUCGACUACACCGACCAGUUCGGAGUUUACUGAAAGUUGAAAUGAGUUUGAGUAGAGUAUUAGGUGAAGAUGAGGAGCAUGAGUUUAUAGUGAAGGAGGAAUUUGUAUUUGAGGAUGUGACAUUUACUGACAACAAACCGAUAGUGGAAAAACAACAAGAUAGUCCCAUACACAAGACUAAAACUAAGUGUGGGGAAGUCAUGCUAGAUUACUACGGAGAUUUCAUCCUGGCGUGUGCAAUGUGUUCAAGUUGCUUCACUGAUUUACAUGCUUUUGGUACGCAUAUCCUGAAGGAUCAUUUGAAGGAUGCAGAAGAUAUUGCGACAGAUGUUCUAGAAGAACCUGAGGAACAGUCACUGCAGAUAGAAACUCUGGAUAUCAAUGACUCGACGAUGCAGGACAUAGAAGAGCUUGAGGGAGACGAAGAAGUUGAUUCGGUGAAGGAGGAUGCUGAAAUAGAAAUCGAAAAGGGGACAAAUCCUAUCGAAGAGGUAAAGAUUGUAGAUCCAAGAAGUAUCUCACCCUGGAGCGAAUUCCAAGCUGACGACACUGAUAGUUCUGACAAUGAUGUUGAUACAACUGCACAACAAUCCAUGAAAAAUGCAUUCUUCUGCCCAGUAUGCGGUCGAUCGUACAAAUACGUUAAAUCCUUAAGGGAUCAUAUCCGCACAAAACAUGCAGACAUGCUUCGGGAGACAGUUGAUCCAGAUUCCGGCAACAAAUUAGAGGUAGUCGCAGAGUUUCCCAAAAUUACUUGCAGAUAUUGUAAUGAGCAGUUUAGUAAAAUAGAUAAAUUUUGCAACCAUAUGGCCGCCCACCCACUACCAUACCGUUACAAAUGCCUUCAGUGUCCGAAAACGUUCACUACUAGGUACAUGAGGACACUGCAUCAAAACACACAUGAAGGAGUUCGACCGUUCAAGUGCUCUCAUUGUCCAAAAGCUUUCUCACAUCCCACGAACCUUACGAAUCAUGAACGAAUUCAUUUGAAAAUCUACAAUCACGCGUGCCAGUUUUGCGGGAAAAAUUUCGUUAAAAGCAGUGAUAAGAUCACCCAUGAACGUACCCAUACCAAAGAAAUGCCUUAUCAAUGUGAAGAGUGCGGCCAAAGGUUCAUAUGUCAAGGGAAGCUGACUGCACAUGCUCGUCGACAUAAGAAUAUCAAAAAUUAUAAAUGCGAGCACUGUGAGAAAGCAUUUUAUAGCAACCAAUUAUUAAAGAAUCAUCUACUUGUGCACACAAAGGAACGCCAUUACAGUUGUAAUAUUUGCAGUAAAACAUUCACACGAUCUAAUUCGUUGAGGGAGCAUAAACAUCUCCAUUCGAAAGUUAAAAAAUAUGUAUGCAAACUGUGCGGAAAGGAUUUUGCUCAAUUCGCAGGACUUUACUCCCAUAUGAAAUCACACCGUGAAGUAUCUAAGAGCUAGAAACUGGGAGAAAUCCGGAGAGAGACAUGUCCCCGCUACGAUAGUCAGGUUAAAAUAUGUAUAUACGA